AUGCCCAGCACCCGUUCUUCCUCACUUACAACCUCAACUAUCACAAUGAAAGCUGCGUUGAUCGUGGUUGAUAUGCAAGAGGACUUUUGUCCACCGAACGGAUCGCUCGCGGUACAAGGUGCUCGCGACUUGGCCCCGACGAUAAAUUCGCUGCUUGCACAUCCCGGAUUUGCGGUCCGUGUCGCAUCUCAAGACUACCAUCCCCUGGAUCACAUUUCUUUCGCGACGAAUCAUCCCGCGCCCAACAACCGGCCGUUCGAGUGUAGGUUCGAGAUGGUUAAUCCGGCUCCCGGAAAACACACCGAGACGAAACAACAGACGCUAUGGCCCGUGCACUGCGUUCAACAAACUCCAGGCGCGGAGAUUAUACACGAAAUUGACGUCAGCAAGAUAGAUCUGUUCGUACAAAAGGGUAUGCAUCCGCGCGUUGAAAUGUAUUCAGCGUUCGCAGAUGCAUUUGGGAAUCAGGAUCCCGCGAUCGUGUCCGUAAAUGCCGAUCUCCAGACUUUUCUAACAGACAGGGGUGUCACGGACGUUUUUGUCGUUGGGGUCGCGGGGGAUUUCUGCGUCAAAUACACAGCCCUCGAUGCUGCUGUCGCAGGGUUUCAAAGCCACGUUGUGCAAGAUGCGACCGAGUGUGUGGUUCCAGGCUCUGGGUGGGAGGAAACGAUCCGGGAGUUGACAGCAGCUGGCGUCUCAAUUGUCCGGUCUGAUGGGCCUGAAAUCGCAAGUCUUGUCUGA